AUGUUAUUUCUUUCUUCCUCUGAUACUUUUGUAGAACAGCUUAGGUGGCAUUUUCCUCCACACGGUGGACCUAUUUUUCUAGCUGAAUGCGUAGGCCUAUUUGAAGCUGAAGAUGAUGAGCUGUUGGAGCUGGAAGACGAUGAGCUGCUGGACCUGGAAGAUGAAGACGAAUCCGAUGAUGACGUUGACGCUGAUCUAAGCCUAAAGUUCGGAUCUUUAACGCUGUCAUCUGAAUCGAAAUCAAGCUGA